GGCUGCGUCAUCUAACUAUUAUAUUAACUUGAAGUGGACAGAGAGGUUGAAAUCUCGGGCCCAUAGUUGAAAGAAGAAAAAGAAGAAGCCACUUGUCGUCUGCUCCGUCCGUCAUCGCCGCCGUUUCUUCCUGUCACGUUUAUUUUGUAUUACUCAGAGUCAUCAGAAGUCCCCUGUGCGCGUAGCGGAAUGUUCGACGGUGGAUAAAGAGUGAGACGAGCAAGGAUGUUACUGUACACGCUGAUCGGUGGCUACAUGCUGACUUCGAUGAUACUGUUCAAAUAUCCUACUCUGCUGCACAAGAAAAAGAAAGUGAAGUUUCUUUGCCAGCAUAUUAGCCACCGGGGUGGAGCGGGCGAGAGCUACGAGAAUACGAUGUGCGCAUUUAGACGAGCAGUGGCGAUUGGAACUCAAAUGCUGGAAUUGGAUUGUCACCUCACGAGAGACGGCGAAGUGAUAGUCUCCCAUGAUCAGAAUCUCUUUCGCAGUACCGGCGUGGACAAGAACAUUUCUGAGCUGGAUUACAAAGAUUUGCCACUUUUGAAGCAACGUUUACCGAUCGAUUUUGAUCCAGAUGUGGAGUAUGUUGGUUCUGCGAGGGAAGAAGAUCGGCGAUUUGCACUACUGCGAGAAGUCUUUGAGGCAUUUCCUAUUAUUCCUAUUAACAUUGAUAUUAAAAUCAACGACGAUCGACUUAUAUCAAAAGUGUCUGAUCUUAUAAAAGAAUACAAGAGAGAGGAGUACACAGUUUGGGGAAACUUCAGUGAUGAAGUUACGCAAAAGUGCUAUAAAAUGAAUCCAAGUGUAAACUUACUAUUUUCAAUGCAACGUGUGACAAUGUUGAUAUUUCUUAUGUAUACUGGUUUGUUGCCAUUUGUACCACUGAAGGAAACACAUCUUGAAAUCUUUUUACCUUCAAUCUAUUUACGGCGUAUAGGUGGCCCAAGUCCAACAUUUUUACCAUUGGAAAAAUUAGUUGUACGUACAAUUAAUGUACUACUAAUGAGACCAUGCUUGUUUAACCAUUUAAGAGCACGAGGCAUACAUGUAUACUUUUGGGUCUUAAAUAAAGAUGAAGAAUUCAAGAAAGCAUUUGAGCUGGGUGCAACUGGUGUGAUGACGGAUUAUCCGACAAGAUUGAAGUUAUAUUUAAAGAAUCACGCGAUGAAAUAAGGUGCUGGUGAUAUUUUAUUAUUUUCAAGGACCCAUCCCCAGCACCCGUCAUCAGGCAGCAUGAACUAUCGAGGUAGUUCGCGGAGAUAUUUACGUGUGAAAAAGAGAUAUCCGCCAUGAUAUAUGUCAGAACAUAUAUAAGCUAUACAGAACAGAGUAGUAUAUUUUUUAUAAGCAAAGCAGAACUACUCGCUUAUGUUCUG